UGCUUGCCUGUGUGUCAAAGUAUUGGGGGAGUGGAUUUGUUAUCAGCAGCUUUACAUGAUCUGGUCAAAGUGCAUCCUGCAUUUCAAGCUUUUCCUGAACUGGUGAAUCUGCAUCCAUUCAAAUUAAAUUUGGAAUAAACUCUAAUAAGGUUGCAGGAAUGACUAAAGUAAAAACUCAGUGGAAGGAGUUUUUAGAGGCAGUAAGUGUUCUGCAAUGGGUACUAAGCUUUCUCUUCUUAGGAGUGGCUUGUAUUAUCUUGAUGGUGUAUUUUAUGUUUACCUCGCUGUGGCCGCUCUCCACUCUGUACUUCAUGUGGCUGGUGAUGGACUGGCAAACCCCUGAAAGAGGGGGCAGGAGAACGACAUUUGUGAGGAAGUGGAGGGUAUGGGAGCACUUCAGAGAUUUUUUUCCAGUCAAAUUCUCCCAUUCAAACACCUGCAAGAACCAGUUGGUGAAGACAGGCGAGCUGAAUCCAAACAAAAACUACAUCUUAGGUUGUCAUCCGCAUGGUAUCAUGAGUGCAGGAGCCUUUACCUGCUUCAGCACAGAGAGCUGUGGAUUCAAUGAGAUGUUUCCUGGGGUGCGAUCCUCCCUGGCGAUACUGGCAGGACUUUUCAGGAUACCACUCUUAAGAGAGUACAUAAUGUGUGCAGGUCUUUAUCCAGUCAGCAAGCCAAGCCUUGCCCACCUCCUUUCAAAAAGUGGCAAGGGAAAUGCAGUGGUGAUUGUUAUAGGGGGCGCUGCUGAGUCUCUGGCAUCCUCUCCUGGAGUCAACAUAGUGGUCAUGAGGCAGAGAAAGGGAUUUGUCAGGGUGGCCCUUGAGUUUGGGGCUGAUCUAGUGCCUGUUUACUCAUUCGGGGAGAAUGAGCUCUUUCGGCAGGUGAUUUUCUCAGAUGGCAGUCUAGGUCGGAGGUUACAGGACCUGUUUAAAAAGAUUAUGGGUUUCGCCCCGUGUCUAUUUGUUGGUGAGCGCUUGGCAUUCCUGCCCUACAAGACUCCAGUUACCGUUGUUGUGGGAAGUCCAAUCUCAGUGCCAAAGCGUGUCACACCAACUGAGGAGGAGGUCGACCACUACCAUAGACUUUACAUGGAGGCCCUGUCCAAGUUAUUCCAUGAACACAAGGUCAGCUGUGGGCUUUCUGAAACUCACAAGCUUCGGAUCAUUUAGACAUUUCUCUUCCACAUAAAAUGUUGCUGUUUUUAUUUGCUGCUUUUUUACAGUGUGGAUCUGAUGUGGUGAUGAACUUGAUCUUAAAUAAUAGAUUGAUCCUAUAGGUAUCUUUGUUCAUACUGUAAGAUCUAUUUGAAAUAUUUAACAUGAAUAUGCCUGAAUAAAAUUAUUAAGAUGUGAUGCCCAUUAUGUGGGAAUGCUGGUACGCAAAGCAGUGAAAACAUUGAUGGGGUCCUGGUAUGGCUAUAUUUAUCAUGUAUUUUCAUGAAUUGUGUAAAUGAGAUCCCAACGUGUGUGCUGCAGUUCUUACCUGCUGUUUACAUUAAAGUGUGACCAGGACCAA